AUGGAAUCCGCUAAGGUCCCCGUCAAGCUUGUCAAGGUCACCCGUGUCCUUGGCCGCACCGGCUCUCGUGGUGGUGUUACCCAGGUCCGUGUCGAGUUCAUGGACGACACCACUCGUAGCAUCAUCCGAAACGUCAAGGGCCCAGUCCGUGAGGACGACAUCCUCUGCUUGCUCGAGUCUGAGCGUGAGGCCAGAAGACUGCGAUAA